AUGGACCCUGAGAAAGUCCGGACCGUGCGAGACUGGAAGACACCGACCUGCGUAACCGAUGUACAAGCCUUUCUAGGUUUCGGUAAUUUCUACCGGAGAUUUAUCCGGGACUACUCGAAGAUCACUGCACCCUUGAACCGCCUGACUAAAAAGGGAGUCCCGUUUUGUUGGACUACUGACUGCCGCAACGCCUUCGAAAGCCUGAAAACCGCUUUCAGCACCGCCCCGAUACUAGCCCCGUUUGACUGGGAAAAGAACGUCAUCCUCGAGACAGACGCCUCUGACUAUGUCUCCGCUGGGGUGUUAUCCCAGGUAGGGGACGAUAGGAUACUACGACCUGUUGCUUUCUUCUCGAAGAAGCACACAGCGACUGAGUGCAACUACGAGAUCUACGACAAAGAACUAAUGGCUAUAAUUCGCUGCUUCGAGGAGUGGCGCCCGGAGUUAGAGGGAGCCUCCUCGCCGAUUAAAGUAAUCACCGACCACCGCAACCUAGAGUACUUUACCACAACGAAGUUACUAAACCGAAGACAAGCCCGUUGGUCUGAGUUCCUAUCCCGGUUUAACUUUCAGAUCACCUACCGACCCGGGAAGCAAGGUGCCAAGCCCGACGCCCUGACCAGGAGGUCAGAGGAUCUCCCAAAGGAGGGGGAUGAACGCCUUCUCCACCAGAGCCAGACAGUACUGAAGAGAGAGAACCUGGACCCGAGG